UCUGCAAGCCACACGACCUCCGCCGAGAUCCUUCUCGUUCUAUCUCUUUAGCCUAUCUUCGCUCCCAUCCAUUCCCCCGUUCUAGCAAGAUGAUUAUCAGUCACAUAGUUAAAGAUGUUUUGUCUGCCGGAAAAAAGAAGGUGAAAGCCAGUAUUGUUAUCAUGGACAAGAACGUGCUCUCCCUGAACGACUUCAACGCCUCUAUUCUCAACCAAAUUCAGGACUUUGUCGGCCAGAGUGUCGAGCUCCGCCUCAUCAGCGCCACCGUCGGCGAUCCCAAUAAAGGGAACAGAGGAGUGGUAGGGGAGCCGGCGAACCUGGAGAGGCCUCCGCUUUCCUUCAUCCCGAAACUCAUCGCCGGCGAGACUUUAUAUGAAGCGCACUUCAUCGUUGACGAAAGCUUGGGAAUCCCCGGCGCCAUCAUCGUCAAAAACCGCCACUUGGCCGAGUUUUAUCUCAAAUCCAUCACUAUUGAUGACUUCCCCGGGAAAGGUCGAAUUCACUUUGACUGCAACUCCUGGGUUUAUAACGCUAAUAAGUAUGACUAUGACCGCAUCUUCUUCGCCAACGACACUUACUUGCCGGAACACACGCCAGGGCCACUCAAGGGGUACAGGGAGGACGAGCUGCGGAAUCUUAGAGGAGAUAACGUGAACCGAGAGCUGGAGGAAUGGGAUCGCGUGUAUGGCUAUGCCUAUUACAACGAUCUCGGCGCCCCGGACCUCAGUCCGAGCUUGGCCCGCCCAAUACUCGGUGGCAAUUCCCAGUUCCCUUACCCUCGCCGCGGAAAGACCGGCCGCCCGCCGGCCAGAACCGAUCGGAAUUCGGAGAGCAGGCUUUUCGCUCUUGAUCUGAACAUCUACGUGCCUCGCGAUGAGAAAUUCGGGCACUUGAAGUUUGCGGAUUUCUUGGGCUACGGCCUCAAGGCAAUCACCAAGGACCUGUUGCCACUCGUCCAAUCCAUUGUCGACUUCACGCCCAAGGAAUUCGACUCCUUGAAGGAAGUUUUUGAUCUCUAUGAGGGCGGCUUUCCUCUGCCGGACAUUCCGCUGGUUCGAAAGUUCAUUCAGUCCAUGCCCUUUGAGCUCUUCAAGACCUUCAUCACUCCGGGCCAUAACCAGCGCGGCGUACUCAAGUUUCCGUUGCCGCAUAUCCUUCAAAAGGAUAAAUGGGCAUGGAGAUCCGACGAAGAAUUCGCAAGAGAAACACUGGCCGGCGUCAACCCUAUCAUGAUUCAACUACUGAAGGAAUUUCCACCAAAGAGCAGUCUUGAUCCCUCCCUCUACGGCAACCAGAACAGCACCUUCAAAGAACAAGACAUCCAAGACAACCUUGACGGCUACUCUGUUUAUGAAGCGCUUCAAUUGAAGAAACUCCUCAUCAUUGACCACCAUGAUGCAAUCAUGCCAUAUUUGAGACGCAUCAACAGCACAGACAACAAAAUCUACGCCUCCCGUACUCUGUUCUUCCUCAAAAAAGAUGGCACUUUGAAGCCGCUGGCUAUCGAGCUCAGCCUUCCCCAUCCAGGCGGCGACAAUCUCGGCGCCGUCAGCACGGUUUACAAACCGGCCAGUGUAGGCGUGGAGAGCACCAUCUGGUUACUUGCUAAAUCCUAUGCCCUUGUCAACGACUCCGGCGUCCACCAACUUAUCAGUCACUGGUUGCGUACUCAUGCGGUGAUCGAGCCUUUUGUCAUUGCGACCAACCGGCAACUAAGUGCGCUGCAUCCAAUCAACAAGCUCUUGGCGCCUCACUACCGCGAUACAAUGAACAUAAACGCUCAGGCUCGCCAUACACUGAUCAGUGCCGGUGGUUUGCUCGAGUUCACCGUCUUCCCCAGCAAGUAUGCUCUGGAGAUGUCUGCAGUUGUUUACAAAAGCUGGAAUUUUCUUGACCAGGCCCUUCCAGCUGAUCUUCUCAAGCGUGGAAUGGCCGAAAUAGACCGAUCAUCCCCGCACAACCUCCGCCUUCUCAUCCCCGACUACCCCUACGCCGUCGACGGCCUCGCCAUCUGGUUCGCCAUCGAAGGCUGGGUCCGCGAAUACACCGCCAUCUAUUACCCCAACGACUCAGCCGUUCAACAAGACGGUGAACUCCAAUCCUGGUGGACGGAGGUCCGGGAAGUCGGACAUGGGGACCUCAAAGACCAGCCAUGGUGGCCCAGUCUCUCCACCCUGGAAGAUCUCAUACAAUCCUGCACCACCAUCAUCUGGAUCGCAUCCGCCAUGCACGCCGCCGUCAACUUCGGCCAAUACCCUUACGCCGGCUACCUCCCGAACCGCCCCACCGCCAGCCGCCGGUUCAUGCCCCAACCCGGCACUGCCGAAUACGAGGAACUGGAGAAGAACCCGGAGAAGGCGCUCUUGAAGACCAUAACAAACCAGGUGCAGACGAUUAUCGGCAUAUCGUUGAUCGAAGUUCUGUCUAAUCACGCGAGCGAUGAGCUCUAUUUGGGUCAAAGGGCGAGUGCAGAGUGGGCCAGCGACAACCGAGUCAUUCAAGCAUUUAACCGGUUCGGUUCGAAGUUGAAGGAGAUCGAGAAGAAUAUCAGUAACUUGAACCAUGACCCGAGUUUGAAGAACCGGUGCGGACCGGCUCAGGUUCCUUACUAUCUGCUGUCGCCUUACAGUGAAGGUGGGAUCACCGCAAAGGGUAUUCCGAAUAGCAUUUCAAUCUGAGCCUAAGCUAUCUUAUAUAGGUUGUUAUGGAAGUAGAAAUAAAUGUUGAAUAAUGUUUUUCUCUGUAAGGUGUUGCCUUGGGAAAAUUAUUGUGUCCGUUGUCCGGAUUCGUCCGGACACCAAUCCAAACACGCCACAUCAGUAAAAUACAUCGGGGCCCGAUGUAUUUGAGUGACGUGGCCCAUCCGGAUUGGUUGUCCGGAUGUCAGGUGACCGGAUGCAAUAAUUCGCCGUUGCGGUGAGGAAACUAUGUUGCUUUCUGUAUUUCUACUGAAGGUGGUGUGUUAUGGUCGAGCCAUAAUGGCCGAUGAAAUAAAUGCUGCUUUUAUUUA